AUGGCGAGUGGUGAUGUGGAGGCGGGGAGGUUGGGGGAGAAGCUGUUGUUGGAGGUGGAGGUGGAGGAAUUAAGCUCGGUGUUCAGCUCUCUUCGAGUGCUGGAGUCUGAGAGUGGGGACACAGAAGCCGGGUCAAAGAGGUCUGUUUUCGGCAUCCCAGAACUUGAUGCUUUGAUACCAAGUCCGUCGCCAUCGGUCCUCGAACUGGUCUCACCACCACCCACGCACCACCCGUCAGGAGCAGGCAAAACAUCACUGCUCUACCUCAUCAUAGCCCACGCCAUCCUGCCCGCUACAUUCGACGGCACAACCAAUCUCAACGGCCACGAGGCCGCCAUCAUCCUCUUCGACCCACUCCACCACUUCAGCGUCUCCCGCCUAGCCUCCACAAUGCUGCACCUGCUACUCUCCAAAGUAGCCGUCCCACCCUCCGCCCUGGACGAGCAGACGCGAAGCUCCCUCAUCAGCCUAACAGCCCGCAGCCUAGACCACGUGCACAUUUUCCGGCCGCAAUCCUGGUCCGCGCUGUUAACAACACUCUCCACACUACCCGACUACCUCUUCGACAGCGAGCGCCACAAGAGCACGAACCGACGGAUUCACGCCCUGAUGCUUGAGGACCUCGACGCUUUCAUCUGGUCUCUGCGCUCCGCCGCCACUUCUGACGCCACUUCUGACGCCACUUCUGACGCCACUUCCAACACCACCAACACCAAUACCAACCAACUAAGCACCCCAUCCCACCAACUCACCACCCAGCUAUCCCGCCUCUCCACCCUGUUGUGUUGCAACGUGAUAACAACGUCGGCCUCCGUCCUGGCGGCGGCCUUUCGACCGCCGCUCCCGUUGUCGUGGCCGGGCGGCGUGCGGGCCACGCGGGUGGCGGUGCGGCGCGUCGAGGUGGUGAGGUUUGGGCCGGGGAUGAGCGUGGAGCAGGCCGAGGCGGACAAGGGGCAGCGGUGGGAUGUGGUGAGGCGGGGGCGGUUCGCGUGCUGGAAGGUGGGAGGUGUCGGGGCGGGGCGGGAGGGUCAGGAUAGGGAGGAGCAGGGCUUUGUGUUCCGGGUGGGGAGAGAGGGAGUCAGUGUGGAGAGGGGGAGGGGGAGGGAGGUAUGA